AUGCAUUCUAGGCUCUCUAUUAGUGCUUGGAAUAUACAUGGUUUAAAACAUAAAACGCUUGGUGACAAACUAAGCAACAUUGAUUUUAUAGAAAAUGUUAAAGACCUUGAUUUAAUAUUUCUGACUGAAACAUGGUCUAACGAGAUUAACAGCAUUCCUGGUUUCGUGACAUUAUCCACCAUCACGGCAACCCGGAAAUCAAAUUCGGCUUGUCGCUUGUCUGGCGGAAUUUCACUUUUAUUCAAAAAGGAAUUUGAAAAUGCUAUCUUUAUUGAAAAACAAACAAAAAAUUUCCUAUGGUGUCGAAUAGACAAUACAAUCUUGAACUCCACAAAAAAUUUAUUUAUUUGUGGAGUCUACAUUCCUCCAGAAAGAUCAUCCUACUUUGAUGAGGAUAUAUUUCAUAACCUAGAAAAUGAUGUGGUAUAUUUUUCCAAAAAAGGAAACGUUAUGCUGCUAGGGGACUUUAAUGCUCGUACCAGCAAACUCGAAGAUUUUGUUUCAAAGGAAGGAAACACUUUCAUUAAUGACAUUACUGAAACCUCCUUUGAACCAAAAACUAGAGACAAUUUUGAUAGCUGUGUUAAUAACCACGGUAAAAGUUUAAUUGAGAUUUGCAAAAACUGUAAUCUGAGAAUUUUAAAUGGUAGGACUCUUGGUGAUUCAUUUGGAAAACCCACGUUUCAUAAUAAAGAUGGAACUAGUGUGGUCGACUACAUAAUUUGUGACCAAGAGCUAACUCAAACAAUCAAAAACUUUGUUGUUAAACCGCCAACAUACUUAUCUGACUAUAGUCAAAUAGUGACAUGGAUCAACAAAACAUCACCUCAAAAUUCUACCAACCACACAACUCCAUCAUCUAAAGUAUAUAGACUCCCACUCCAAUUCGUUUGGGACAAUGACGCAAUGAAUUCGUUUACUGCAUGUCUAAAAUCACCUCAAUCUCAACAAAAACUUGAGAGACUAAUCAACCACCAUAUUCCUACUUCAAAAGAUGGAGUAAACACAUUAGCUUCCGAAAUGGAAGAGAUAAUUCUACAUGCUGCAAGGAAAUCUUUAAAAAUUAAAAAGACAAAAUUUAGAAAUAAAAUUAACAAUGUCUGUAACAAGAAAUGGUUUGAAUGUCGACUAACAAGAAUGUCGACUAACAAGACAUUCAGUUAG